AUGUCCCAACAAAAAGUGGCUCACGGACAACCAGACGAAGUGAUUCAUUUACGAUUGCAGAAUGACCAAUUAUGGAAAAUCAUCGAGAAACAGCGAGUGAUGAUCCAAUCCCUCCAAAAAGACAAUGCUCGAUUAGCAGCCGAGCGAGAUGGUCUUCACGACAAGGUCGAUAGUCUAGAACGAGAAAUACUUCGGAAACCUAGAGUGGCAUCGAUCCUCAUCUCGCCUCAGGCAAUGAAAGAAAUCGCAGAGUCUGAGGAUGCAAUGACACCCAUCGAUGGUUACUCAUCUCCAACCGACUCGGUGGUUUCAAAUACACUAUCCACCCGGGACCUAUCUCAUGCCAGCCCUAUGCCGCCUCCACGUUCGCCCUAUCGCUCUUUCAAAGAGAGUGCAAAGAUGGUAGAAGUGAGCGAGCUUGCUCAGGUGGCACACAAAGAGCAGCUUCAGCACCAACGCCCAAAACAACUUAAUUUCUCACUCGAUAAUCCCAUGGAGACCCAGCCCGUUGGAACAGCUGCUGCACCAUUGGAUAUGGAAGGCAUGUGCUGUCUUUCACCUCCAGGCUCGCCUAUUCCUGGCCAGAUCACUCCAACAUCACCCCACUGUACCAUAAUUGAAAAGGACGCUCUAUUGUUUGCCAAAUACCAGACUGCCAACGGUCCAAAAAAAGAUAAUCCCAAAAGUGUCCCAAUGUCCAGGGCUGCUACUGCAUCACCCCCCUCUACCUCACCACUGUGUCCAUCUUCGCCCUCAGCUGAACCACGUCUAUUUGUACCUCCCCAGAGCAAGUCAACGUCCACCCUUGACAACCGUAGAACCGGACGCGCCCGGGAUUCAAUGAUGCCACCACCGCGCACUGCUCUUGAACACGACCCCACAAUCAGGGCAGCCUCUCCACCGCCCAUGACUUACACUGGGCAACAGCCCUUUGCCCAUGACAGUGUUCUUUCGCUGCAUGUACCCACAGGAUCUUCGAAUCGUAAACGCGAGAGUAAGAUAUAUUACAACACUCCGAUCGAUAUCGUAUCUCCUACCACAGAAUCAGGACAGGAAGAAUGGCCGACCAUGCGUGUUGAGAUGGCUAAUGGAACACCUGAAGUGCCAUUUAUUCAGGAGCCUUUUCUUGCAAGCCCGCUCUCUGCAGAACAGCUUCAGGAUGGCAUGAAUUCGCUUGCUGCAGAUGGAAUUGCCAAUAUCUCCAUAAAGGUUGUUGGAUCCAAUAUAAAGACGAAUGACCGGGGUAAAGAAGUCAUUUCUUUCACUAUCUCUGUCGGUAAAAAACACCCUGGGCCAGAGGAUGAAUCUCAGCUUUAUGAAGAGUAUGAAGAACUCUGGAGAGUUGAGAAGCUUUAUUCUGAUUUUCUUGGCCUUGAUUCCAAGUUAAAGACACAGCGUAACAGAGCUAUUGCAGGCAGGAUAGGUAAACUACCUGACAAGGCUCUUUUUGCCACAAAUGCUCCCAGUAAGGUUGAUCUGCGCAAGCACGCACUAGAAUUAUACCUACAGCAUAUUGUUAGCCUUCCAAUGGAAGACAUCACUGAUUUAUGCAACUUCCUCAGUACAAACGUGAUCGAGCGUGAAACAUUCCGUAUCUCCGGUCACAAGGAAGGUUUUCUGACGAAGCGCGGGAAAAACUUUGGAGGAUGGAAGACACGCUAUUUCGUCCUUAAUGGUUCGAUGUUAGACUAUUUUGAAUCUAAAGAUGGAAUUCAUUUGGGCACCAUUCGAUUAACCAAUGCUCAGAUCGGUCGGCAGACACCUGGAAUGACAUCUGUAGACGAGUUUAAUGCCUAUCGCCAUGCUUUCCUUAUUGUAGAGAAGAAACGGGCUGGGUCAUCUCAUGUAAACAAGCACAUAUUGUGUGCCGUAUCAGACGAAGAAAGAGACGAGUGGGUAGACGUGCUGUUCCAGAAUAUCGUCGUUGACGAAAAGGAAAUUAAAAAAGAAGAGAAGAUGGCAAGCGAAAAGAAGAAAAAGGUCGAAAAGCCACGCAAGCUUUCUAAAGGAGAGAUCCGGACGAUUGGAGCCACGCCUAUCAGCAACCUCAAGUUGGAGCAUCCGGCAGAUGUCGAAAAGCUGACCAAUGUACCAAACAUGCAGACCCCCAAUCCUUCUUUGUCUGAUAGUACAGUUGAGCCUAUCCCAAUCACAGCCAAUCUGACACCCUCGAUCUCUAGCGAAAGCACAGAUUCUUCGAUUCUAUCCACAUCUCUCCCAAACUCGGUAACUCCCGCUGGCUGGCCAGGUAUCGACAACCAACAACACCCUCAACACCCACAUCACCACCAACCCCAUGCCUCAUACUCUGUAAGAACCAGCUUGGAACAGCCCUCAUCACGCGGUCUACACCCUCGUCCGGUUAUCCAGCGUCGAAGCUCGAUGGCUAAUCUUGUAAGCGAAGAAGAAGAACAUGGAUCUGUGGCUGUGGGUGUGGGUGUGGCUGUAUCCGAUCAGCGCGCCCCACCUCCAGCCGGACUUGGAUCCUGUCGUGAAGCCGAAGAGUCGACUGAAAAUCUUUUGGACUUGCCCGAUAAUAAAAAGACAAAAAACAAAGCAAACAGGAUGACCUUUUGGGGCAAGAAAAUGUUUAGUAGUAGUAAUAGUAAUAGUAAUAGUAAUAGCAGUAAUUCGUCAGGACAACAGCAAGAGGCAGUAGCUCCACCUAGUAUGCGCCCAUCGACGUCUACCGAAAACUCAUCUCGUGGGAGUGCACUCCCUAAUCCAUCUUCUGGCUUUCGUAGCUUUUUGUCACGGACGAACAACGAGUCUAGCGAUCGUCCGGGACGCGGAAAGGUUUCUGAAGAUGGAACUCACAAACCAUCCAAACAGGUCUUUAGAGUCCCUCUCGAAGAAGCAGUUCGGGUCUCACGAGUUUCUGAAAAAUACGAGCUGCCGGCUGUUGUGUUUAGAUGCAUUGAGUAUCUGGAUGCUAAGAAUGCUGUACUUGAAGAAGGCUUGUACCGUUUGAGUGGAAGCAAUAUGAUGAUGAAAUCUCUUAAGGAGCGUUUUGAUCAAGAGGGAGAUGUGAACCUAUUGGCUUCAAAGGAAGAGUAUGAUGUGCAUGCGAUUGCUGGACUUUUGAAGAUGUGGUUGCGUGAACUACCAACGAGCGUAUUGACCAGAGAACAUCGCACCGACUUUUUACAUGUGAUUGAUCUCUUGGAUCGUAAGGAUCGAGUGAAUGAACUUGGGCGCCUGGUUUCGCUUCUGCCGCUUGCAAAUUACACUCUUCUACGAGCUCUGACUGCACAUUUGAUAUGCGUUGUUCAGAACGCGGAUGUGAAUAAGAUGACGAUGCGCAAUGUUAGCAUUGUAUUUGCACCUACACUGGGCAUUCCGGCUACCAUUUUCAACUUGUUUAUGAGCGAAUUUGAGUACAUCUUCUGGACAACUGAAGACGGAGAUGCGGCACCUAGAAUGCUUGAGGACGAAGAAAAACAAUACCAAGAGGAACAAUUACAGCUAUCACAGCAAUCCCAGGAACAACAGCAAGAUCAAUCAGAAGAAGAACAUACGAUUCAAAUAACCGAAUGUGACCCGGUUGCUCCACUGCAAGGAUCUGUGAAGCAUGAAUCGGCUCCUUCGUCUCGCCCUACUUUGGGCCGAAGACCUACGUUGAAACUGCGCGAAGAGCACGGCCGUAGUAAUAGAAACAGUGUGAACUACAUAGACGGUGCACCAAUUGCAAUUGUUGAUCUUGAGAUGAGCAUGGAUGGUCCUCCUAUGCUGGAUGAAGAAGAAGAAGAAGUCGAUGAUUUGGCUUUAACUGUUGCUGAGGAUGAGGCAGAACACUACCGAUAUCCCGCAGAAAAACAUAUUUAAUCACAAAAACACACACAAAACUAGCUCAACCUCCCCUCUUCAUUUGUUUUGAUCUCUUUAACUUCUUUUUAACUUUCAUAAUGCCUACACAUAUAUAAUUACUCUUCCUUUUUCUACAUACAAAAAAAAUAAUGAUCUUUCUGGUUGACUCUGUUGACUUGAUCUGCUUAGUGUCCAGU